AUGGCUCAAGUCCAAGGCCACUGCGAAGACCGUUUUGUCAAGCUCCGCGACUUGAUGCAAGAAUUCAUCGCGUCCGGACAGGACAUCGGGGCGAGUCUCUGCGUGAAUAUCGACGGCGACAAUGUGGUGGACUUAUGGGGCGGCUACGCCGACGCAUCAACCAAGAAACCAUGGACAAGGGAUACUGUGGUGAACGUCUUCUCGACCUCGAAACUAGUCACCAACCUCGCAGCUCUGAUGCUGAUCUCGCGUGGUCUCCUCCAUCCCGAUGACAAGGUCGCCCAGCACUGGCCUAAGUUUGCAGCGAAGGGGAAGUCCGAGAUCACGGUCGGCCAAGUGUUGGCUCACACAGCAGGUCUCUGCGCGUGGCAGGAUGAUAUGACGCUAGAGGAUAUAUGCGACGUCCAGUUGGCAACCGACAAGCUGGCGAUCCAAACACCGCUAUGGGCUCCUGGAACCGCAAUGGGAUACCACGGUUUGACGCAAGGUUUCCUCAUCGGGGAACUGGUACGAAGGAAGACGGGCAUGGCCAUCGACAAGUUCAUAACGGAAGAGAUUUACCGGCCGCUGGGCGAGGAAGCGGACUUCCAGCUCGGGUGUUGCAAGGAGGACUGGAACCGAAUUGCCCCCGUCAUACCUCCACCGGGGCUUUCGAUCCAAGAAGCGCUCAGCAAGGCGGGGUUCGAGCAAGACUCAAUCAUCGUGCGCACGUUGUGUAACCCUUCGUUCGUUGCCGAGGACGCCAACACUGCGCUCUGGCGGUCCUGCGCGUUAGGUUCAGUCAACGGCCACACAAACGCUAGGGCACUAGUCAAGAUCCUCUCCUGCUUCUCGCUCGGCGGCACAUGUGCUGGAGGCGGCCAUCGCUUGCUGUCAGCUGAGACGGUGAAGCUGGCGCUUACGGAGCAUGCCAUUGGGACAGAUUUAGUGACAAUGCGGAGCGGGAGGCGCGGACUUGGAAUCUACCUCACCGGACCUGGGUCUGGAAUCGUCGAGGGCAAGCUGCCGGCGGGCAAUGUUGGGUGGGGUAGUGGAUGGGGCGGUUCGAUCGUCGUUAUUGAUAGCGAUAGGAGGCUCACAAUCGCGUAUGCCAUGAACAGAAUGCUAAGUGAAGAGCAUCCUUCCCCGGCAGCAUUCAUUAAGGCGAUUUAUGAGAUACUUGGGGUUACCAUAGCUGCCUGA